UAACUUUAGUGCAGUUUCAUUGGGACUCAAGGGAAAAACGCUUCGAGGCGCUGACAAAAUGGGAAAAUAUUUUCUUAUUUUCACUGUUCAGUAUUUAAUUUUGACUAGCUGCAGGCGAAGUUUGCAAUUCGAAUCAGUCAACACGAAAACCGUAGAGCAGCUAAUAAAAGAAUUUGAUGCGUAUGAGGAAUCGGUGCAAAAAGACGAACAAAAUCUAAAAGAUCUGGAAAGUGAAUUGAUACUGGAAAUUGACAAAUUGCAGUGCAAUGAAGAGGCUACUACAGAGAAGCAUCUAAUGGAAUUGGAAACUCAAUUAACCAGCUGUGAGCAGAACUCAAAGAACCAAACAGUUCAAAUCACAGAAUGCAAACAGCAAAUUAAUAAGCUAGAAUCAAAAAAUAAAACUGAAUUGUGUAUGAAAAAUAUUCACAUAGAAAGGGAACAAGAUCAAACUCCAUUAACAAUUAAUGCAGAACAACUGAAAGAAAUCCAAGCUAAAAGUUUGGAAAUUGCUCAAUUGAAACAAGAAAUCUUAGAGUUAAAGCAAAAAGAAAAUCAGUCGAUUGCUAAACUGGAUUUCGAAUAUAAGCAACAAAUUGAAGAAAAGUCCAAAGAAAUAAGAGAGUUGAAAGCCCGCUUACAAAAACGAUGCCCAAGAAACAAGUCGUACUGCUGCUUGCCUGUUAAUCAUAAGAGCCUUAAUCAAAUGCCUGGCCCCAAAGUACUUUGUGAUAAGAAUAUUCACGGACCCGAGUGGAUUAUCGUUUUGAAACGCGCAUAUACAGCUGUUCCCCUCAAUCUCAAUUGGAGCGCACUUCAAACUGGGUUUACUAAACACAAUACAGAAUAUUUUAUUGGAGUGGAUAAACUAAACCUUAUCACAAGCACCGCACAAUACGAACUAUAUAUACAGCUGACCAAUUCGAAUAAUCAAGUGUCCUAUGCUCACUACGACUACUUUCGAAUCGGCAAUGACACGAACGGAUAUCGUUUACAUCUCGGAGCUUACACAGGCAAUGCCACCGAUGGCAUGUCUGCGAGCAUAGGUCAGAGAUUUGUAAUGCUUGAUGUGAACAAUCCUAAGUCAAACUAUUACAAGAAACACACUUUCCUCGGUGGCUGGUGGUUUUCUCAAAGAGACAAAACUCAGACUAACUUGUUUGCGGACUACUAUCCCUUCUGGGGUCAUAAUGAACAAUCUUUUUUCAAAACUGCCUACAUGAUGAUACGCCGCAAGUAGAAA